AUGGUGAACUUCAAGAACCUCGCUUUCGCCGCGACCACCCUCUUCGGACUCGUCAACGCCGCUCCUACUACUGCCAAGGUUGACUCUAGCAAGAUCAUUCCUGGCAAGUACAUCGUCACCCUCAAGUCUGAUAUCGCUGCUGCCGAUGUCGAGAGCCAUCUCAACUGGGUUGAGGAUGUUCACAAGCGUGGACUGAACAAGCGUGCCGAGAAGGGUGUUGAGCGCACCUACAACGGUAAGUAUGGCUUCCACGGCUAUGCUGGUUCUUUCGACAAGAGCACCAUCAAGGAGAUCAAGGAGAAUCCCGAUGUUGCUAUCGUCGAAGAGGACCGCGAGUGGGUCAUCAACUGGGUCGAGGAGGAGGAAGAGGAAGAGACUCUCGCAAAGCGUGCCUUGACUACUCAGAGUGGCGCCCCUUGGGGACUCGGCACGGUCUCUCACCGUUCCAGUGGAUCUACCAGCUACAUCUACGAUACCAAUGCUGGUACCAACACAUAUGCCUACGUUGUCGACACUGGUGUUCGAACCACCCACAAUGAAUUUGAGGGUCGUGCUCAGGCCGUCUACACUGCCUUCAGUGGCGACAAUGCCGAUUCCGUUGGCCACGGUACUCACGUCUCUGGCACCAUUGCCGGUAAGACCUACGGUGUCUCCAAGAAAGCCACCAUCCAGGCUGUCAAGGUCUUCCAGGGCAGCUCUUCUAGCACCUCUAUCAUUCUGGCUGGUUUCAACUGGGCCGCCAACGACAUCAUCUCCAAGAGCCGAACUGCCCGCUCUGUCGUGAACCUGUCUCUCGGUGGUGGCUACUCUGCUUCUUUCAACAACGCUAUCGACUCUGCUUCCCGAUCUGGUAUCAUCUCUGCCAUUGCUGCUGGAAACGAUGGUGCCAACGCCGCCAACACUUCUCCUGCCUCUGCUGCCAGCGCUAUCACCGUCGGUGCUAUCGACAGCAGCUGGACGAUUGCCUCUUACUCCAACUACGGUACAGUCCUUGACAUCUUUGCUCCCGGUUCUGCCGUUCUCUCUGCCUGGUACACCAGCAACAGCGCCACCAACAGCAUCAGCGGUACCUCCAUGGCUACUCCCCACAUUGCUGGCCUUGUCCUCUACGGAAUCUCUGUCAACGGUGUCUCCGGCGUCUCUGGUGUCACCAACUGGCUCACCAGCACUGCUACUUCUGGCAAGAUCAGUGGCAACCUCCGCAGCUCCCCCAACCUGAUCGGUAACAACGGCAACAGCGCCCAGUAA